UCGAGCAGGUUAGUCUGGGACAGUAUGAGGCACUGAUUUGUGUUCUUGUAGACUUUAAUUUCAUUUAGAUAUAACAAUCCUGUCUGGCUUUGUGUUUAACUUGAAUAGAGUCCUUUGUUAACGUACAUGAACACAACAUGGUAGUGGAUAAAAACGUGAUAAAUGAAAGCAUCCUCCUACCAUCAGUGUCUGAAGAUGACGAUGAAGGUCAGAAUUUAGGAGGAAUUGCAAGGUGUCCGCCCAGCAGACCGAGAAGUCAAUACAGCAGAGGAAGCGUGGAUGGCCAAAGAGUACAGAGAGCAAGAAUAAGCCAUCAAGAUGAAGCUGAUGCAGAUGAGGAAGAGGAGGUUAAUCGACACACCGUUAGUUGCACAGAUGAUGGACAGCUGGAGAAAGUGCAGUGUGUGUAUACUGAUGAAGAUGAUGACACAGACCUGGAGCUCGACGGCUUUUACAACAAAAAGCAGCCAUAUGACCCCACAGGUGAAUCUCACUACAAAGAAGCUUGUGAGAUGCUUGGUGUAACUCCAAUGUCCUGUUUUCUAAGAAAUAUAAACCAGAGUGAGGUCAACAUGAUGCAUUGUGGGUUGGGUCCACAGGGUACCAAAGCGCUGGCGGUUUCCUUGGUAACUAACACCUCCAUCCUGAAGCUGAAUUUGCAAGAUAAUUGGAUGGAGGGAAUGGGCGGGUCUGCCGUCGCCGAUAUGCUCAAAGAGAAUUGCUACAUCACAGAGAUCGAUUUGUCUGAAAACUCAGUCGGUGAACAGGGAGCCAGGGCUUUGUCUGGCAUGCUGCUGAAAAACAGCACCUUAAUGUCUCUCAAACUCUCUGGAAACCAUCUGGACGAGCGAUCGGCCAGACACCUGGCUCCAGCUCUGGUCAGCAACCAAAAACUUCAGCACCUCGACCUGAGUCACAACAAAUUUGGAGACGCUGCAGCGGAAAUUUUGGGUCCUGCUAUAGCGGAGAACACAGGAAUAAAGUCACUCAAUCUGGCUUGGAAUUGCAUCCGAGGCAAGGGAGCCAUUGCAUUCGCUAAAGGCCUGGAGGGAAACAUCUUCUUGCGCACUCUGGAUUUGUCAUACAACGGCCUUGGUAAAGAGGGAGCCGUGGCCCUCGGUGAAGUACUCAAACGCAACAACACGCUCGAGGACCUGAAUAUCAGCAAUAACCGGAUCCCACUUGAAGGCGCCAUCAAUUUUGCACUGAGCCUGAAAGUGAACACAACGCUACGAAUUCUAAAAAUGUCUCGUAAUCCAAUGCAGUCUGCUGGGUGCUUUGCGAUUUUAAAGUCAAUGCACGCAAACCCAGAUUCAGCCGUGGAGUUCCUGGACUUUACUGACAUCUGCGUGGACCAAGAGUUUGAAGACUUAUUUGCUACCAUCAAAGAGACGUUCCCGAACCUCCAAGUGAAACAUGGCAGAAAAUUAAAUACAAUGGUUAAAAAAAGCUGAACUUUAAUAAAAAAUAAAAAACAUGGACAAUCAGUUUGUAAUCACAUGAACUGUUCUGUAUAAUUCCAAG